AUGCUCGUGUUGUGCAGCUGUGGUGAGUCCUCACCUACCAUGGUUCCUGUGAUUUCGGGCGAGUUACUGGGGGUCGAUCGUCAUUCUAAAGGCCGGGACUGCCGGCUGCCAGCUCCGGUCACCGGCCGACAGAGGUUAUUCAUCGGUCUAUUCACAGUCAGAUCGCUGCAGGAGUUCGAAUUUCCCAUCGCUUAAUGUGAAAUGGCCAUUUCAGAUGAAGAAGACGAGUUGUUGGCACAAUUUCUUGAAACAGAGGUUCUCUUGGAGGUCUCUGAUAAGGAAGAGGGGAACGUACAGGAGGAACCACAACCUAAAAGAGCUCGAAUCGAACAGAUUAACCCUAACGAACAAAGAGAGGUAGCUUCCGUUACUACUUCGUCCUCUCAAUUCAGUGGCGUCGUUCCCGGGAGAAUUGAGACCGGAAUUUUCAGUCAAAUUCCUUCGGAGCUCUUCCGCCAUAUCCUCAAGUUUCUCUCAUCAGAGGAUCUGAUUUCUUGUUCACUGGUUUGUCGAUUUUUAAAUUCUGUGGCGUCUGAUGAAUCAUUAUGGCGAAGAUUAUAUUGUCUGCGUUGGGGUCUGGUUCCCAAGACCAAGAAAUUGCGCCAAUGUCCUUGGAAAAAACUAUAUAUUCAGCGUGACGAAGAGGAUAUGACUCAACUGGUUCGAGAUUGUUCUUCCGAGUUUAAAGAGUACUACAUCCAAAUGCAAGCAGCAAAAAGAAGUCAAGCUCCUCUUCCUUCUCAGGUGCAGGACGACCAAAUAAUUCUCGACAGGACUGUGGCCGAUCAAGUAUCUACAUGGAAAAGCAGCAGGGGGUUGACUGACAAGAUAGUCAUAGAUCAUACUUGUUCUGGAGAAACAUGUACAUAUUACCAAGUUGGUGAUGCAUUUGUAUGUGAAAAGACUGGACUUGUUCAUGUAUGUGAUGACACUUGCCGAGAAGUCGUUAUGGAUCCGAACGAUGAACAACUUGUCUGCAGAAUAUCUGGACACUGCUUUGAUACUCUACUUUUUCCAGACUCUAUGGAACCGGAUACUGAACUGCAACAAGCUGGUGUAACCGACGAGGCUGAGGCGGAACCGUUCAUGGGUUCGGGUCGUUUUGCUCGAGCUUACUUGCUGGGGUACAAUUGUGCCGACGAGGCCGAGCUAGAAGCUACUUUGAGGUUCUGCUGAUUCAAAACUCGAACAAUUCGGGCAGGCCUAUGCUCGAUCGAACACUCCUGUGGCAUCCAAUUUUUGAGACAAGACUGCCCUGGAUUAUAUUCCUGAAUUUCAUCAUGUGUAGAAGUUUGUUAAUUAAGUAAUAUAUAUCUUUUUGUCAGCUUUCUUCCCUUCCAAAACUCUCUUUCUCUCUCUCAUCAUUUGAAAGAGUUAUGUUAGUGAUGAAAAUAGAUAAAAUGGCUAUCUUUAGUGAAUAAAAACACAAA